AGGUAUUUAUGACUGUCAUAAACCUAACCCCAGGCCAACGUCAUGACAAUGUUAAAUAGGGAUAGCUGGAAACAUAGAUGUCUUCCAUUUCACAUGAAAGGCCUACCGGUAUUUAGAAUAAUAGAAGCCUUUCUGCAAAUUGAUCAGACCUCGAGCUAAAUCAUAAAACACAGCUGGGGAAGAGCGUGAUGAGAUGUACAUGUUGACACUUAUUACAGAUUAUUUGAAGAUGGCAGAAUAUGGAGCUCAGAAAAUCCAACUGUCUUCAGACGAGGGGAGAAAACCAGAAACAGUUUGGCUGCGGGUAGCUGGAGGAGAAUUCAUUAGGAAUUCACACACACCUCAGUCAACAGCAUGAUUACAGCACUGAGACUCACCAGCCCCCUGCAGAGACAGAUAGGACAGAGGGACUUUAGAUCUGACUAUGACCUGGACUAUGAGUGCUAUCAGGAGGACCUCUAUGACAGGAUGUAUGACUACCAGCGUGUGCCAGCUUCCCUACCUCCCCUGUCCCAGGGACCUAGCCUGGCCAAACGACCCCGCUCCUCCUCCACUUCCUCUGGGCACAGACGCAGCCGAGACAGGCCCCCCUCCAAGAGCUCCAGAGCCCACUCCACCAGCUCCAACAGGGCCAAGUUGAGAAUGGAGGAGCUGCAGGUCAUUAAGAGGGAGCUGACUCUGAUAAAGACACAGAUUGACGGGCUGCUUGACAACCUGGACAGGAUGGACACACAGAGGCAGGACCACACAGGGUCUCCCGUGAGGGAGGGCAGCCUGGCCGGGUCACCGUACUCCCCCUCCGCCAGCAGUGGUGAGCGCUCACCCUCCCCCCUGUCCCCCCCACGCCGCUGCAUCCAGAGAGAGAGCCCCGAACUGGGGGAGGCCAGCGACGAUGAUCCCACGGUAACUGGCUUGAUGUCUGUGUGUGGAGAAUCUCUGAAUAUGAAUAACCACAGCUCUGACCCUGAGGACGAGAUGUGAGGAUGGAAACAGAGAAGAAACGGAGGAGCGCCAGACAUAGAGGAAGAGAACAUCUGUCUCGUCAAGAAGUUGCCAUGCCAACAACUGAUUCAGAGGCCCCACUCCUGUCUAACCAACCAGUUACAUUUUAUUCUACAUCCACAUAUACAUCAAACAGAAAUACACUACUACACACUACUACACACACCACUUUGUGUUCAGAGUUAGCCUCUUUAGGUUCUAAAUCAUCUAUUCCUCCUCUCUCUGUCUGGUAACGGCAGAUAUUGUAUGUGUGAACAGCACACACAUACAGACACACAGGCACACACACACACACACACACUGUAAUUACAGUUUAUCAGAAAUCAACUCCAUGUAUCUCCCUUGGCUAUUCCCCACUGAGAUCAGCUCACCACACACACACACACACACACACACACACACACACACACACACAUUUUAUCUGUAGAGUGUAAUUAUUAACCAGAACAGGAAGGUGAAAUCAUUUCCAUAUUUAUAAUUUUCUUACGCUCUUUUUAGCACGUCUUCAUAUUUUCCUGAAAAACAUUCUGAUUACAAAUCCGUAUAAAUUUUACCUGCAUAUUGAGAGACUGGGUUUUUUGAAAUGAGCAUACUAUAGAUGUCACAAUCAUAGUUUUUCAGUGACUUGAGUUACUUUGUUUUAUGUAUAUCAUAUCACUACCAGAGCAUGAGUUCAUCAGUUUAUACUUGUCCAUCAGUUAAAAUCCCCCGUAUGUCUGUGUAAUGUUAUCUCCCUGCUGUACCUGCCUGUAUUAGGUACGAGGAGACAGUAGCCCAUCUCUUCCUCUAUGUACCUGGCGCUAUGAGCUGAGGAGAGGCCCCAGCCCGGUCCAUGUGUAAUAUUGUGUAUUACUGUAAAACUUUACUGUAUUAGGUCAGCUGUACGAUUUUAAUCCAUCAUUUUGUUUUAGGGUUUUUUAUUUGUUAAUGUUUUUUAAAGCGAGAAGAAAACAACAAUGUUAAUUGUUUUAUUAUAAUUCUAGUGGUGUUAGAUGUUUUGUUAGUUCUGUUUGCAUUCAUGAAGAAGCCAAGUGGAAACACUACUCACACUGUCACAGUAGUAAAGGUAUUUUCAUAUUGAUUAAAAA